AUGUCUUCAGUUUCAGUCCCCCCCAAAGGCGUCUGGGUCCCCUCCCCAACCUUCUUCACCACCUCCUCCCCCUCCACUUUUUCUUCAACCCAACCAGCAGUAGACUACACCACCCAAACCUCUCACACACUCUUCCUCGCGCGCUCCGGCAUCACGGGCGUCGUCCUCCUAGGCAGCACAGGCGAAGCAAUGCAUCUUUCCCGGUCCGAGCGCUCCCUCCUUAUUUCCUCCGUCCGCAAGGGGCUAGACGAAGCUGGCUUUACCAAGUUUCCGAUAAUGGCGGGUGUGUUGACGAAUGGAGGCGUGGAAGAGACGGUGCAGUGGUUGGAUGAUUAUAAAGAGGCCGGGGCGGAGUAUGGGUUGGUGUUGGUGCCGGGGUAUUUUGGGAGUGGGGUUUGGGGGAAUGAGCAAGGGGGUGUGGUGAGGUGGUUUGGGGAGGUGUUGGAGGGGAUGAAAAGUAAGGAGAUGGGAGUCGUGAUUUAUAACUACCCCGGGGUGAGCAAUGGGGUUGUGUUGGAGCCGGAGGCGUAUAGGGAGUUGGCGAGGAAUGAGAGAGUGGUUGGGUGUAAGAUGUCCCACGGCAACAUCUCCCACCACCUCCAAGUCUCCCUCGACCCUCAAAUCAACCACGACCGUUUCCGCGUCUUCUCCGGCUUCGGCCAACAACUCGGCCCCAUCGUUUUAUUCGGCGCAGCCGGCGUCAUCGACGGCAUGUCCGCCUACUACCCCAAGACCGUGGUGCGACUUUUCGAGCUAGCGCAAAAGGACGAUCUCCGACCUUCGGAAAAGGCAGAGUUAAACAAGUUGCAAUAUGUCGUCAGCAAGGCGGAGGAGUUUGUGGUCAAGUACGGACUAAAGGGUAUCAAGGAGGCGACGUAUAGGGUUGCGGGCUUUGGAGAUUUGGAGGCGGCGAGAGUGCCGGUUGUCGGGCGGAUGGGGGAAAGUGAGUGGGAGGAGGGGAGGAGGAGGUUUUUGGGGGAGAUUGAGGAGGUUGAGAAGACACUCUGA